AUACUUAAUUAUGUCAGAAUAUUUAUAAUAAUUACUAAUUAAUCUCAUUGAUUUUAUUAAUCGCUAAUAUUUUUUUUUUUCAACAGUUUAUUAUGAGUAGCGAUAAAUUUAAACCAGCUGAUAAAAAAAAUAUAUAUAGUUUUGAAAAUAAUGUGUCAUUCAAGGAAUUAGUUGAAGAUAAAAUACCAUCUUCCAUUAAAUUUUCAGACAAGAAAAACACUCGUCUUUAUAAAAUUUCAGAUCAACAGUCUGAAAAUGGAUCACUUUGUCAUGUCUUAACAGAAGUUGAAGGAGUAAAAUUUGAUAGAAAAAAUAUUGAAAAGCCAGCAUUGAUGAAAAAUCAAUUAAAAAAUGAUGAUCAAGUUAAAAAUUUACGUGAACAAUUAGCUCAAUCAAAUGCUAAGCUUUAUGAAUCAAAAAAUGCUUGUUUGUCUCUUCGCCAAGAGCUUCAUAAAGUUCAAAAACUUCUUCAAAAUGAAGUUGGAAGUAACAUCUCAAUAUCAGGACUUUUAAAUUGUCCAGGUAAUUGGAAAGGUCGAGCCCAACAAAUUCAACAACUACAACAAAAAAUUAAUGAUAUUCAGAGUAAAAAUGAUGUUGAUCGUUCAUCAAGAUCAGCAUCAGUUAUUUAUGAUAAAAAAUGUACAUUACAAUUAAAAUUAAUGGAACAAGAACGUAAAAAUCAAAUUGAAACUUUAACUAAAGAAUUAAAACACUCAGAAAUAACAUUAGAUGAUAAAAUAAAAAAAAUUGAAGCAUACAAAGCAAGAAUAAAAAUAUUAGAAAAUAAUAUAAACAAUUCAAAAAGAGAUAUAAUAUUAUUAAAUGAAAAAAAAUUACAUGAUAAUCAAUUAAUUGAAGCUCUAAAUGGUCAAUUACGAGCAGUUGAAGGAAGAUAUCGUGAAAAAGAAAUGGAUCUAAUAUUUCAAAAGGAAAAAAUUCAACGUGAUUAUGGUGAUAUAAAAAAAGAACUUGGUUGUUCACGUCUUCAAGUUGAACAGCUGCGAAAAAAAUUGCAUGAGCGUGAAAUUGAAAUUGACAUUUUAAAAUCAAGUAAUAAUUCUUUGAGUGAAUCAGGUAAAUUUUCUAGACCUGUAUCAAGUAAAACACUUCAUGAUAGUCCAAUUAAUACAAAUAGAAAAAAUUCAAGGGAUUCAAAUGAGUAUGUUGUCUUGCGUCUUGCUGCUGAAGCUGAAAAUGUAAAAUUAAUGGAACUUGUUGCUUUGUUGAAUCGUCGAUUGGAUAAAGAACGUAAUGAUACUGAUCAAAUAUCCGAAUGUUUAAGAAAAGAAAAAUAUAAAAAUGCAAAAUUGGAAAAAAAAAUUGAAAAAAUUGAAAUGACAAAUAAUUGUCGUGUUAAUUUUGGAUAUCGUGCUAGAUGUUCAAGAUCAUCAAUCAAUUGUAACUCGUCAAAGGAAGAGCUCAGUGUUGAAAAAAAUCAGUACAAAUUGGAAUUACUUGAAGAAGAAUGUCUUGCUUUGAAAGCUCGAUUAGCCACUGUUCAACAAGAAAAAAUUAAUGAUCUUUCUAUGUACAAAAAUAUGUUGGAUAAAACAAAAAAUAUAAUCAAGGAUAAUUACAGAUAAGUCAACAAAAUAUAUUUGGAUGAUUUUAUUUUUUUGGCUGAAUAAUAAAUUUAUUGUGAUACAUAAAAAAUAUCUUGUGACGAACAAAAGGGAAGGUAAUAAAAUUAAGAAAUAUCACACUUGAUAACGUAAAGAUUUAUUUUUUUUUUAUUUAUUUUUUUUUUUUCCAUUUAAAACUGUCAAGAAAUUGUGUGUGUGUUCUGUAAUUUUAUAUAACGAUGUUUACUCUUGGCCACGUUUGCACUAGUAUCUCGAUUACUUGAUGUUAUAAAUUCAUCUCAAAUUUAAAAAGAUUAAUAAAAAUAUGACAAAAUGAGGUCUCAACAAA